UUAGCGGUGGGUGAAAUCAAAAAAUUAGUUGAACAACAAACGCCAAAGAGGCACAUCGGUGAUCAAUUCUUUUUUGAAGUUAACUCAAAUUUAUAAAACAAAAACCCGCCAACAUGGAUGAUCAAUUCAUUGAUGAAGAUCUUACCCCCGAGCAAAUCGCCGUUUUGCAAAAGGCUUUCAACAGUUUCGACAGCCAAAAGUGCGGCAGUAUCUCCACCGAUAUGGUUGCCGAUAUCUUGCGUUUGAUGGGUCAACCCUUCGACAAGAAGAUCUUGGAAGAACUCAUCGAAGAAGUCGAUGAAGAUAAGUCUGGCCGUUUGGAAUUCGAAGAAUUCGUACAAUUGGCUGCCAAAUUCAUUGUUGAAGAAGAUGCUGAAGCUAUGCAAAAGGAAUUGCGUGAAGCUUUCCGUUUGUACGACAAGCAAGGCAACGGUUAUAUUCCCACCACCUGUUUGCGUGAAAUCUUGCGUGAAUUGGACGAUCAAUUGACCGAUGAAGAAUUGGACAUUAUGAUUGAAGAAAUCGAUUCUGAUGGUUCCGGUACCGUUGAUUUCGAUGAAUUCAUGGAAAUGAUGACUGGUGAAUAAAUUCGUUGAGUUUUUCAACUCUAACAACAACAUUCUCAU